AUGAAUACACCUUUGAAGGAUCUUGUUGAGGAGUGGCUUCGCCUUGAUCCAAAUGAAUCCACAAGAAAGGAUGUGGAACAUUUGUGGAAUAAUAACGCCGUUGGCGAGUUAGAAAGACGUAUGAGGACACGCAUAGAAUUCGGCACCGCAGGUCUGAGGGGAAAGAUGGAGGCCGGAUGGUCUCGCAUGAAUGAUCUGAUCGUGAUUCAGGCAUCUCAGGGAUUGUGCGCCUAUGUCCUCGAACACAUUCAGAAUGCUGCUACCCGCGGAGUAGUCGUAGGACAUGACCACCGGCACAACUCGGAGAGAUGGGCUCAGCUAACUGCAACUGCUUUCAUCGCCAACAAUGUCAAAGUUUACCUGCAUGAUGGACUUGUACAUACUCCAAUGGUUCCAUUUUCCGUAAAAGCGCUCAAUGCCGCCUGUGGAGUCAUGAUCACAGCAAGCCACAACCCGAAGCAAGACAAUGGCUACAAGGUUUAUUGGGAAAAUGCAGUCCAAAUCACCGGGCCGCAUGAUGUUGGAAUUGCACAAUCCAUCAUGCAACACUUGGAGCCCAGAGUGCAUGAUGCUUCUCGGGUAAUGGAAUCGGACCUGUGCAUUGAUUGUACGGAGGAGAUGAAAAAAGGGUACUUUCAUUCUCUCAGCAAUCUGCGCGCAAAGAUGUUAUCAUUUGACGGAGCUUCAGUGGCGUUCGUAAAUACAUCUAUGCAUGGUGUUGGGGAUCCAUUUACAUCCAAAGCCUUCGAGAUUGCCGGAUUUUCGCCUUACACACCCGUUAAGGAACAGCAGCAUGCAGAUCCCGAAUUUCCAACGGUGAAGUUCCCAAACCCUGAAGAAAAGGGUAAUGACUACCCACUUUUCUGUAAUUAUAGCUCUGACGACGAAGCUUGCAGGCGCACUCCUAUAGCUACGGCGGACGCUAAAGGGGCAUCGUAUGUUCUUGCACAGGACCCAGACGCAGAUCGCUUCUCUGCAGCUGAAAAUUGUGAUGGAAAGUGGGUAACAUUUACUGGUGAUCAGCUCGGAACAUUGUUUGCCUAUCAUGUAUUCGAGACCUACAAGGCCUCCAGCAAGCCAAUAGGCAAGUUGGCCAUGGUUGCUUCAACAGUCAGCUCCAAGAUGGUUGAAGCCAUGGCGCAAAUUGAAGGGUUUCGCUUUGUCGAUUGUCUCACAGGCUUCAAGUUCAUUGGCAACACUGCUUUAGAUCUUGUCCAGGCCGGAUAUGAAGUACCUUUUGGAUAUGAGGAAGCCAUAGGGUACAUGUUUGGUUCUGAAAUCAGAGAUAAAGAUGGGGUGGCCGCAACUAUGGUAUUCGCACAACUUGCUGCAAGCUUACGAGCACGAGGCACCACAGUUUCCGCACAUUUACAAGAAUUAUAUCGAAGAUAUGGAUAUUUCGAGACGAGCAAUAGCUAUUUCGUCUGUACUGACCCUCUUGUCAUCGAGAAUAUCUUUAGGAGGAUUCGCUCUUCUGGUGAUAUGGGCUCAUCUCAAGGACGCUCCUAUCCAUCCUCAAUUGGCGGGUUGCGGAUACGGAGCGUUGUCGAUCUAACGGCAGGGCACGGUUAUGAUAGCACGAACGCACCCACUUAUCAGCCCAAAUUACCGUUGUCCUUAGGGCAUAUGAUGCAGUUCAGAGCAUCAUCCGAUUCAGACGACUCUCGGAUCGUCCUGACAAUUAGGACAAGUGGGACCGAACCAAAGAUCAAGUACUACCUCGAAGGCAGUGGGAGCAACCGCCAAGCUGUGCACAGCUUACUCGGUGGUGUAGUGGAUGAUCUAGCAGAAGAUUGGAUGAAUGCCGCUGAGAACGGACUGGGCCGGCCAUGA